AAUAUCUACAGUUCAUUCUACAUAGUACCCGGCCUCAGUCAUUGCCACCUUUGCACAGUGCCUUGAGCCUGCCUACCGCCUGUAAUACCCUCUCAACUAUAGAGAUCUCUGUAUUCAUUCCAGCCUGACGGAGGGGUUUUGCUUCCGGCCUCUGGGACUCGCCGUGCAUUCGCACCUUCCUCGGUAUUUUGGCCACGAUGUCGGUCGACCCUCGACGUCGAGUCGCUCUGAUACCUCCUCCGCCACCCAUCGAAGCGCAUCCAGACUCGACGAAAAUGGAACUGGUCGGCUCAAACAACACGAAGCCAUCGACGGGCGCCGUGGCGGAUGAGGGCUUCAAGCUGCGAUUCUGCACGGUAUGUGCUAGCAAUCAAAACAGAUCCAUGGAAGCCCAUCUCCGACUCGCGAGCGCAAACCUCCCGACCAUCUCCUUUGGUACAGGGUCUCUUGUUCGCCUUCCUGGCCCUACCAUCAAAGAACCCAACGUCUACGCCUUCAACGGCAUCACCUACAACGCCAUCCACAACGAGCUGCAAGCCCAGAACCCGCAACUCUACGCCGCCAACGGCCUGCUACCUAUGCUGGCGCGAAAUCUCACCAUCAAAUCGUACCCUGAGCGCUUCCAAGACUGGGUCCCUGGAAAGCCGCGGCUAGAUCACAAUGGCGACCAGGGCUUUCAUGGCACAGAGGCCGGCGUCGUCGACGUGAUUAUUACAUGCGAGGAACGCUGCUUCGAUGCCGUGCUGGAGGACUUGCAUAAUAAAGGAGGACGGCUGAAUCGGCCGGUCCACGUCUUCAACAUCGAUAUCAAGGACAAUCACGAGGAGGCGAGUGUUGGUGGUGGGGCGAUCCUAGAUCUAGCACUCAGGCUGAACGAAGCGGCCGCGAAAGAGCGAGAAAUCCAUGGAGCUGCUGGUUGGGACGGCAGUGGGAAGUCGAGAGAGGGUUUUGAUGAAAAGGUCCCGGAGAUUCUUGGCGAGUGGCAGGAGCGGUGGCCGAACUACCCGGCGUUAUGGACGCUGGCGUGGUUCUAACUUGAGUAGGAUUCUUUGCAUCCUGUUAUUUCCUUGAAGCAUAGCGUUGGCGCGAAGGGACUUCGGAGUCACGGAUAUACCUCUUACAUGGACUGAUCACGACAUGUCGCAGCCUAUAGGCUGGAUCUCAAUGAGUCAGGACUUUCCUGAGAACGGAUUCAGAUGAAUGCAUACUUUCGUACACUAUUAGCACGCAGAUAUGAUGACGAUAGCUUUGUGAAUGAUGAUGAGCUGUGAACUACAAUAUGUCCAGCAGACUCAU